GUUGCACAGGCUACAUACCGAUCUGCUGUUUUUUAACAACCAUCUUAUUUUUUCAUCAAGAAUAACCUGAAGCUCUCUUCGAAGUUGUAUUCUGAGGUUGCUAGACUAUGCUUGCUUGCUUUACAGGUGAAAAGUCCAAAACAUGAACAGCAAUACACCAUACCUGUCCUCAAAGCUGACUUGGCUAGAAGUGGAGCAUAGUUCCCUAACGCAUCCUCUGGCAAGGAAGUUGUAAUGGCCAACAAGAAAGAGCCUCCUUUUUUCAAUGAAGAUAACUUCGGACCAUUUCACUACAAACUUCCUUUCUAUGAAACUAUGGAGCUCUUCAUUGAAACGCUUACAGGCACGUGCUUUGAACUGCGAGUGUCUCCCUUUGAAACAGUCAUUUCUGUGAAAGCUAAAAUUCAAAGAUUGGAAGGUAUUCCUGUCUCUCAGCAGCACUUAAUUUGGAAUAAUAUGGAACUGAAGGAUGACUACUGUUUGAAUGAUUAUAACAUUUCAGAAGGCUGCACUUUGAAGUUAGUUCUGGCUAUGCGAGGUGGACCUAUUAACACUAGAAGAGUUCCUGUGGAAGACCCUAUUAGGGAAAUGGCUGAAUAUAUGGAUCCCAGUAGAGAUGAGAUCUGGGAGAAGGGGCCAUCCAACAAACAAGUUACCUUUUUAGUAUAUCGAGAAGGAGAUCAGUUGAAUUUCUUCCGUGUGGUAGACCGAGGAGAUGGCACUUUAACACCAUUAUCUGAGUCUUUGAGUGGUGGUUCAGUUUAUAACUUAUAUGCUGAUAAUGAAGACGAAACAGAGGCAUCACCUUCUGGCCAACAGAUUAUUGAGAAUUCAAUUACUAUGAAUAAAAUGAAGCUGCUCAAGGCAAAGAUGGAGAACAUGAAUCUGAGUAAAAAGCCUAAGAAAACUGUCAAGGCGAAACCUCGUCCUCCAGUGGUUCCUCGACCAUCUAGUAGUUCAGUGUCUGCUGCUGCUCGUCACAGGUUUUUAAGAGUGCUCCCCCAUAUUGGACAGUCCUGUCUACCUCCUCCUGGGAAUUCAUAUCCUUCAGAGUCUUCCCAGAAUGCGCUUUCAGCUUUGGCUACUUUGGCCACUGCUGGUAUAACAAUGCCAUCUACAACUAAUGGCUUUCUUAAGGAAGAUGACACCUGGCAGAGCACCUCUUGGUCUCAGUCGGUUAGUAGCAUUAGGUUACCACCGAAAAUAUCUCGUGUCGAACUAGAAAAUACAAAAAUACCGACAAAUAGUAUUCUGACUCCUGCUUCAUCUCUGCCUACAAAUUCAGAAAAAUCAUCUGAAAAUGUGACCUCUACAAGUGAGAAGGAUUCUAUUCUUUAUGCAAAUCUAUCAAGUUUAGAACCAUGUGGAACAGAAGAACAGCUUCUACCUGAAACUGAUGCUUUUGCUUUGUUAACAGAAGCAAGCACCACUGAAAAGUAUAGUGAGAUAUAUGGCAUAGGAAAGGUGAACCCAGAACUUGGACUGUCUGAUAGGGAUGAAGAGUCUAAGGUUGUAGAACAGCAUAGAAAACCUAUUAGUAAAGUGCUGAGCACUGCAGCAAUGGAGGCUGGGCUUCUCAGUACUCAUGAAUUAAGUCCUCAGAAGAAUACACUUUUAUCACCUCUUAGGUAUUCAGCACAAGUGGCACAUCACAGCUCUCUGAAACCGCAAACACAACCUAAAUGCUUUGAGGUUGGUAACUUGAGAUCUGCAGCUCCUCCAAACGUGCUCCGGUCUUUGGAAGUUCGCAGUAUAGCAGAUUCCUCUUUUUCUAGGACUACUAAAUUUCGUGGCAUGAAGGUAGAUUCACUUGGCAAAAGACCUGAUGUAAUUUCUGAAGUGGAGCCUAGGGACAUUACAGAUAUGGCUAACAAAGCAUCCAAAGAACCUGCAAGUUCUAUUAAUAACUUAGGAUUUCUAGCUUCGCUGGCCCGAAGUGCAAGCAGGGAGAACUUGCAGAAUUCCUGUGGGACAGGCAGGUUUUGGACUUCUGGUAUUGCACUGCCUACAAACCUUCAGCGUUUUCAGGAAGAAAGCUUUAGGAAAACUGCUCCCCCAAAUGAAGCUGCUGAAUACGUUCUACCUGCACAUGGGCUUGGAAUGAAUGGAAGUUUUGCAGCUGUAGGGGAAAGAGUAGGUAAGUAAUGUAACUUAAUAAUUGAAGAUGACUCUUAAGCCUUUCUUGAUUUAUCAAAUACAGAGGGCAAUAAUCAUAUCGUUGCAAGGUAUAUGUAUUUUGAAGUCAUUGCUUUACUAUGUUUUUUUAGCAUAGUAUCAACCUUUUAUAGCUUAAGCAGUUCUUUAAUAUACAGAUUCCAUCCUGAUCUUAGGUAGACUUUACUGUGACUGUCUUCCUAGCUUUUAUUAUUAAUAGUUAGUCAAUCCUACAUAUCACCCAUAAAAAUAAACGUGACAUUCUGCUCUGAAGCUUCUAUAAGGUGAGUUCUGUGAAUACUUUUGUGUAUACUAAAAUCAGAGGGACUGCUUUCAUUAUUGAUACUGUCUUUAAGGCUGAAGUCUGAGCGUAAAGAAUUUGACAAAAGGAAAGCAGGGAGGAUGCAGUAAAGGCAGUGAUGCUGAAGAUUACUAAUAUAGUUUCAAUUUUUUCCCUAGUUCUUGGGGCACAUGUUGUUCUUCCUACCCAAGGCCUGUUAACUGUGGAGUGCUUAGCACUUGACAUCUACUGAAAAUGGAUGUGUUGGCCUAAACGAGAGUUUCUUAUGUGUUAAUUCUUUCAGGAAGAGUGAAACUUCAAUCUAAGUACUUCUAAAACUCUUAAUCCAUGUAAGUUGCGUUAUAGCCUGAAACAACCAGGUUAGAUGUUAGGGAAAGGGAAGAAGAGUAUUGCCAGCUAGUGUUAUUUCAAUUGAACAUAAGUCUAGGCCAUAUUAACUCUCUAAGAAUGCAGUACGUAAUACAGGGGCUGUAGCUUCUGCCUCUUUCCUGGAAGAUACUUUUUCAAGCAGUGGCCAAGAAAAUAACUUUCCUGGUGGUGUUCAAAAGCAUGUUUAAGAAAAGCUGUAAUGUAUUUGCUGAGUCUUCACAAGGUUCCACCCCGCUCCACACCCCAGUGUGCAUGUGUUGCCUUGGUAAACACAGUGAUUUGCUUGUCUUCUGCAUCUUCUGAAAGCCCUUUUCUUGGCUCAUUUAUGUCAACAGAUGACUAUGGACUCUAGGUCUUGCAAUCUUUUCCACAGUGGGCAAGUCAUCCUAGGCAGUGAGAACGUUGCUUCAACCGUGGGAUGGUUGAAGUAUUGCUGGUUUGGUAAUGUUCAGAACUCAAGCCUAAGUCCAAAGGCAGUGCCUAACGUCUGUAGGCAGUUCCAAGAGGCCUGGCUUACCACGGCAGUUACUGAAGACGGUGGCCAAAAGCAUCUGCUAAGGAUUCUCAGCAGGAUCAGCCUGUUUUCUCCUUCACGCACUUGACUUGCAGUUUGCAGACUUUCUUCUUUCUGCAUGGCUUUAGGAAAGGAGGCAUGCGUUCCAGGAUCUUAAGGUCCAGAUAUAGAGAAUUGGCUAGAAGAUGGAUUUUCCUGACAUAGCAACUGCAACAGCAAAAUUGAUACAAUUGUAAUGGUUUAAGAGCAAAAGCUGUUAAAAUAGUGAUUUCUGUCUUCCUUUCACAACUGAGGGUGCAGCUUUGAAUUAGCAAUCAGCCUUAAUAAGCAGGUCUGUCCGUACCUACUCCAUGGCAAACAAGGUAAUACCAUAAUAGCCUUACCUGCAUUGUGGGGAAGCCCACCUUUCUAUAAUCUGCUUUGUUUCGGUGGUCUUCAGAUUAGACAGAAGUGUAUUUUCCAAAAAGUUCCAGACGUCAAAACAACAAAGUAGAUGUCAUUAUAUUGUGCAGGCUUUUGGAAGAAAGGUGGUUGGUAGUGAUCUCCUGUAUAGCUGGCCAAAGGAAAAAUAAGUUUGUCAUCUAAGGUUUUGAUUUAUUUAUAAUUACUUUCUUUUGUAAUUGCUGUAGGGCCUGUCAAUAUGAGAACAGAUAUAUUAUUUAUAUGUUUAGGUAUGGCCCACGGUGGGGACGGUCUUCAGCCUCUGUUGUCUUUACAAAUUGCAUCAGCUGAUGCUUUGGAAAUAGUAUGCUUUUAGAUUGUUUUGAUAGCAUGGACAAACAUUGUCUGGAAGUCAAUGUUUGGCAGUGAUGGCUGUAACGUGAAAUGACUGUCUGGUGUUACUGUUCAACGUAGCCUGCUGUAUCUCAGCUGAGAAAUGACUUACUGGGGCCGAAGGUGUGCUGGGUAAAGAACUCUUCUCAACUCAGGAGGUUGUUUUUCUGGGAGCUUCCUGACAGUAUAGUGGUAGAAGCACUGAAAAAAACAGUUGAGAGGAUGUGCUGCUUAUUUUCAGUGUCCUAUGGUAUGGUAAGGAUGAAUGAUCAAGUUGUGGACUAAGGGCUGCUUUGUGGAGAAGGAGGGAAGCUGCCUUUUCUUUACAUGCCCUCUAAAGAUAAAGGGAGAGCCAAGAGUUAUAGGGCCAAAAAAAAAAAGUAAAAUAUUUUUUUGUCAAGUACAGAACUCUGAGGAACACCUGCAAAGUGCAUUAUGAAAGGACAUAGCUAAAUAGAGGCCUUUAGUCUAAUUAUGUGCUUUUCUUGCAUUACAGAGUGCUAGCAAGAUUUUAAAAUGUUGCUGUAUUUGUUUGGCAAACUUGAGUUAACUAGCUACUGAAUUUACUAGACACUAGGUACUUGAAUGCUUAAUUGAUUUUUCUGGAAAGCCGUUGUCUGCAGUGCUUUACCAGUCACGUUAUGUAUUUCUAUUUUGCAUUUAUAAAGAGCAUUAGGAGAUGUUUCUUGACGACUUUUGUAACUUCUCGCUAAUGUGAACUAUUAACAGUUGUCAAAAACGUGUCCAAGUCCCACAUUCUGCUGCCUCUUCCAAAGGUGGUGUUAGGCUUGAGGUGCAUUUUCUCUUUUGGCUUUUGGGCCCCCCUUCACCGCCUUUAGGCCUGGGGGACCCACUUGAAGUAUCCUAAGAAAUGCAAAAUGAAUCUAGAUUUCAGAAGAUAACAUUUAACUAGUUUCUGGUCAGGAAUAAAUAAAAUGUCUUUGUUGUCUCUCUACCUCUGAAAGCAGGUGAAGCAAUCCAUCUUCCACCUGUGAAUGGCUCAAUUCAAUCAAAAAAGAAAAUUACAAAGCAUUGCUUUCUUUGUGGCAAGAAAACUGGAUUGGCAACCAGCUAUGAGUGCAGAUGUGGAAACAACUUCUGUGCAACUCACCGCUAUGCAGAGACUCACACCUGCACCUACGACUAUAAGAGUGCAGGGCGAAGGUAUUUGCAGGAGACCAAUCCCGUCGUUAGUGCACCAAAGCUUCCCAAAAUCUAACAUGGUUGUGCUACAUGUGGCCGUUCUGCCAUUGAAGAAUUGUAUUGCAUUCAGAGAAGCACUUGCUUAAACUGCAUAAUUUUGCCCUGCUCCACUUCUAAAGAUUUGCCAAGUAACAAAAGCACAUGAGGAUGCAUCCUGUUGAAGAAUAAUGUGAACACUACUGCAGUUAACACUUUUCUUCUUUAGCGAACGGAAAGUUAAAGAUAGUUUUUAAAAACUUACACUAUGAUUUAACUGUUACUGCACGUCUUGUGUUAAGUGUUUUAUAUUUGGAAAGCUAUUUCACUAGACAAGUCUUUAAAAGAUGCACUUUACUAACUUUAUUUACUGUAUAACCAGACUUGAGGGAGUUCUGUAAUAAGGGUGUCAUGUAAUGUCUUCUGUACUCUUGCGUUUUUUGUCCAUUGCGUGGGAUUUUUAAGUUAUUUCGCUAGAAAAAUUCUUCCCUCCUCUUUCUUUAAACAGCCUGUUGAGAUCUUCAAGGGGUAGUGCGUUCUGUCCCUCUGUUCCAUUCAGAUUGGUGUUCAUUCACUGUAUAUCCAUUCUGAAAAUAACAUAUCAUGUUAAUCACACUUUCUUAAAAUAAUACUAUUUAUAGGGCAAGUUUUUUUAAAUAGAAAAUUUCCCCUUUGUUGCCAUUAAAUAUAAGGAACGAUUUAUUUUAACUUUUUUUGUAAUCCUAGAUUUUUUUAAGACUUCACAACUUGGUUUGUUAAGAUGUUGAAUGCUGUUACUGGAAGAAAUUCUAAUAAAUAUUAAAUUUUA